AUGUCGGUGUCAGGUGGCAAAUUCCACCCAGAAUCAGAGUCCGGCUGUCCAGACCAGUCCAGCCUUGCAGAGAAGAAAUGCACUGUGGCCUCCAAUGCAUUAUCAAUAAUCAGACCAGUCACUGGGUCCCUCUCAGGCAAGGUAAACCUUCCCUGCUUCUUCUCCACCAUCCCAACAUCAGCACCAGUGAUCAGUCCCAAUGGAGUUGCCACUUAUACCAGAGAUUACUUACGGAUCAAAUGGACCAAAAUAGAAGGAGAAGUGGAAUCCACAGUGCUGGUGGCACAAAAUGGCGUCAUCAAAAUAGGCUCCAUCUACAGGAACCGUGUAUCCGUGCCCAGUCACCCUGAGGAUGUAGGCGACGCCUCAUUGACGAUGGUCAAGCUGCGAGCCAGUGAUGCCGGCACUUAUCGAUGUGAGGUCAUGUACGGCAUAGAGGACACCCAGGAUACAGUUAACCUCGAUGUCAAUGGUGUUGUGUUUCACUACCGGGCAAAAGCCAGCAGGUACACUUUGGACUACCAGACAGCCGUCCAAACUUGCCAAGACAUUGGAGCCACCAUCGCUACAUCUGACCAACUGAGAGCAGCCUAUGAAGAUGGCUUUGAUCAAUGUGAUGCCGGCUGGAUUGCUGACCAGACAGUGAGAUACCCAAUCACAAAGCCAAGGGUGGGCUGCUAUGGGAACCUUAAGAGUAAGCCUGGUGUGAGGUCAUAUGGGACCAGGAAACCCACGGACACCUAUGAUGUAUACUGUUACGUAGACAAACUUGAUGGUGAAGUCUUCUAUGCCCCUGUGACCAAUAAAAUGACUUUGGAGGAGGCCAGUGCAGAGUGUAAGAAGAGGAAUGCUGUCCUUGCAACCCCUGGUCAACUCCAUGCUGCCUGGCGACAGGGUCUGGACAGAUGCGACUAUGGCUGGCUCUCCGACGGCAGUGCAAGACACCCUGUUGCAUUACCCAGAAAGAAGUGUGGAGGAGGCCUGCUCGGCGUCAGGACCAUGUACCGCUACAGAAACCAGACUGGCUUCCCAGAACCAACCAAGAAGCUCGGAGCCUACUGUUUUAAAGAAGUUUACAAAUGUUCACAAAAUAUUUGUCUGAAUGGAGGAACUUGCUACAAGAAGGGCAGCAUCUAUACAUGUAGUUGUGCUCCUGGUUACGGUGGUGAUCGCUGUGAAACAGAUGUUGAUGAGUGCCAUUCAAACCCUUGCCGCAAUGGAGGUACAUGUGUUGAUGGGCUGGCUUCCUUUACAUGUGUGUGCCUCCCAAGCUACUCUGGGCAGUACUGUGAGGAGGAUACAGAAACAUGUGACUACGGCUGGCACAAGUUUCAGGGCCACUGCUACAAGCACUUCCCCCACAGAAGAAACUGGGACACAGCAGAGAGAGAGUGUCGCAUGCACGGGGCUCAUCUCACCAGCAUCCUCUCUCAUGAGGAGCAACAAUAUGUCAACAAACUUGGACUUGACUACCAGUGGAUUGGCCUGAAUGAUAAGAUGUUUGACAGUGACUUCCGCUGGACUGACGGCCGCCCUGUGCAAUAUGAAAACUGGAGGCCCAACCAGCCUGACAGCUUCUUCUCUUCCGGCGAGGACUGUGUUGUGAUGAUAUGGCACGAGGACGGCCAGUGGAACGAUGUUCCUUGCAACUACCACCUCACCUUCACUUGCAAAAAGGGCACAGUGGCCUGUAACCAGCCCCCUCUGGUGGAGAACGCACACACCUUUGGUAAGAAGCGUGAGAAGUAUGAGAUCAACUCGCUGGUGAGGUACCAGUGCCGGUCAGGGUUUAUUCAGAGGCACGUCCCAACUAUCCGUUGUCGUGGGAAUGGACUAUGGGAUAGCCCUAAGAUCACCUGCAUGAACCCAUCGAGCUAUCAGAGGACUUUUAUCAGAAGACAUCAACACACCACUCUCUACAGCAUUAAUAACUUCAAGAGAUGGCCAGAUGAGACCAUCCGUUUUCACAGUCCGCUCUACCGGGGAAGAAGAGACAGGACUGAACCAAAGUGGAAGAGACAGUAAUUGCCAUGUAACAUGGCACAGCUUCCCUGGGACAAGAACACAUGGCUGAUGCUUGUGCGGAAAGAGAAAAAAAAAAGAUUCCCCAAGGAAAAAGCACAAGAGAAAACUCAUCAAACAAACCAAGAGGAUAACCUGCAGUUUUCUUGCAUUUUGGAUGACGACGGAAUCCUAUGAAGUGCCUUUUAAAAAGAUGUUGAAACAUGACUUUUCUUAUCAUGGGGAACUGUUUUAUAACAAUGCCAAUGUGGAAAAAAUACUUUCAGCUGGCUACUGGAAAAGCAAAAAGUACACUUAUCAUUCUUUUUCAAACUGCGGAAGUUUUUUUUUGUGUCCUUAGCUUUUCAAAUAAUACAUUCAUGACUGUUGUCUAAUACCUUAGUACACCAUCUGUGCUAUUUAAAAUCACCAUAAGUGUUCCUUAUUCAUAGAAAACAAGCUGUUGUGAAAUUAUAGCGCUUAUGUUAUGUAAAGGAAUCCAUUAUGUUGUUGUGCUGUUUUAAGCUGGACUUCGAUUUAAUGAGCAUGCAUGCAUAUGCAUUUAUAUUGAAGUCCUCAAACUUUUAACUAUGUUUAUUUUAUUUCAAGACAUCCAAGUAUUCAGAGCAGAACUGGCAAUAUCUGAUCAUACAAUGAACUGAUAAUUUACAUUAGCAGAAUGUUAUACACAUGUUAUUUACAUACUUACAGAACUGUAAACCUCUCUAAAGAAUCUUUCUACAGUCAUCAAACCUAAUCACUAUGAUUUUUUGCUUUGCUAAAAGGAGUUAUUUAGAUUUCAGAUUAACAAUACACCCGUGUCUUGGUAAAUUUGACCAAAUUGCUCAAUUAACUGCUGGAGACCUUCUUUGUGGUAGCACCUAAGUACUAAAUGACCACCUUUCAUUAGCUCCAGCCGUCGAUGGAUGUUAUCAAUGUCUCGUCCAGAUAAAUGUUUGUGGAUAGAUUUCUAUACAAAGGUAUUUCUAAAAAAAUAAUUCAAAUGGAUAUUUCUUUUGUGUGAUUUUUUGCAGAUUAAUAUGGGAGAUUUCACUCUAAUUAGUUACAGACAAAGC